AGACUGUCAGACAUAACCUCGAGAACGGCGCGAGAUCAGCACGUGUCCACACGUGCCUACGCGCGUGAAGAUUCUGUUGUUUCGAGCGUUCUGAUUGAUUCCCGAAUAGUGACUUUUCAUUGAUCGAGAAUCACACCACGAAUCACAUAUUUGUGAAUCUCGUGCGGUUAACAUAUGUCAAAAUGUCAAUGUAUGGUAACGGGAAGAUAUCGUGUGACCCAAUGUAUGCGGUUACAAAUACGAAAGUAGUUCCUUUACGACAUAUGAACGGAAAAGAUAGUUCACUCGACAACUGUUGCGUCAGCCCGACGAAGAUGGUUCAGUCAGACGUGCCGGACACGUCCGACGACGGAUUUCCUCGCCAGAAAAUGAAUCUCCCGGAGACCAUUAACUUCGCGGAAGAGGAGGAAACGACGAUGAACUUGUGGAAAAAAGGAAUGGUAUUUGAAGUGAGUAUGUACUUGUCGGCGAAACGGCCGAAGUACUCGUUCUACGACGGGCCGCCGUUCGCCACUGGCCUGCCGCACUACGGCCACAUCCUUACCGGCACCAUAAAGGACAUCGUGACCAGGUAUGCGUAUCAGAGCGGCUACCACGUGGAGCGUCGAUUCGGCUGGGAUUGCCACGGUCUACCCGUAGAGAACGAGAUCGACAAGAAGCUUGGCAUUAAGGGGCCUGACGACGUCGCCAAGAUGGGAAUCGCGGCGUACAACCAAGAGUGCCGUAACAUUGUAAUGAGGUACGCAAAAGAGUGGCAAGAGAUCGUCGGCCGGAUGGGACGUUGGAUCGACUUUGAUAAUGACUACAAGACUAUGUACCCAUGGUACAUGGAGUCCAUCUGGUGGAUAUUCAAGCAGCUGUACAACAAGGGCCUGGUCUAUCAAGGCAUCAAGGUGAUGCCGUAUUCCACUGGAUGCAACACGCCGCUGUCCAACUUCGAGGCAGGCCAAAAUUACAAGGACGUGGUUGACCCGUCAGUCAUCGUCGCCUUCCCGCUGUUGGACGAGCCAGGGGUGUCUUUGCUUGCCUGGACCACUACUCCUUGGACGCUGCCCAGUAACCUGGCGCUGUGCGUCAAUCCCACCUUCGAGUACGUGGAGGCCAAGAAUGAGAAGACCGGUGACGUUUACAUCAUACUGGAGACCCAGCUGCACACACUGAAGGGUUCUUACAUUAUUAUGAAAAGAAGAAAAGGAGUAGAUCUGAAAGGGAAGGCGUACGAUCCACCAUUUCCAUAUUUCUUGCAUUACAGAGAGAAAGGCGCUUUUAGAGUACUGAACGACACCUAUGUCACGGCGGAAACUGGAACGGGUAUCGUUCAUCAGGCCCCGUAUUUCGGCGAGGACGAUUUCCGAUGUUGUCUAGAGGCCGGUAUCAUACGCAAGGACCAGGAGAGCGUGUGCCCGGUCGAUAGUUGUGGCUGUUUCACAGAGCCAGUCAGCGACUUCCUCGGCAAGUACGUCAAGGACGUGGACAAGGAGAUAAUCAAAUAUCUACAGUCCAAGAAGAGACUAGUCGCAAGUGGUUCGGUGAAGCACAGCUAUCCGUUCUGCUGGCGAACCGACACGCCGCUCAUCUACAAGGCUGUGCCCUCCUGGUUUCUGCGCGUGGAACUGAUCAAGGACCGGCUACUGAUAACGAACAGCGAGACCUACUGGGUACCGGACUUCGUGAAGGAGAAGCGAUUCGGCAACUGGUUGCGCGACGCACGCGACUGGGCGAUUAGCCGGAAUCGUUACUGGGGUAAUCCCAUUCCACUCUGGAUUUCAGAAGACGGCGAAGAGACCGUGUGCGUGGGCGACAUCGACGAGUUGGCACGAUUGACGGGCACAAAGGUGCAGGACAUCCAUCGUGAGAGCAUCGAUCACCUGACGAUACCGUCGAAACGACCGGGACAACCGCCUCUGCGUCGCGUGCCCGAGGUCUUCGACUGCUGGUUUGAGUCUGGCUCCAUGCCGUACGCGCAGCGACACUAUCCGUUCGACACCCAUGCGGACUUCGACGAGUACUUCCCGGCGGACUUCAUCGCCGAGGGCAUCGAUCAGACGCGCGGCUGGUUCUACACGCUCCUGGUAAUAUCCACCGCGCUGUUCGGCAAAGCCCCGUACAAGAAUCUCGUGGCCAACGGCUUGGUACUCGCGUCCGACGGUCAGAAGAUGUCGAAGCGUAAGAAAAAUUAUCCCGAUCCCAUGGAGGUGGUCAAGAAAUACGGGGCCGACGCCUUACGCCUCUAUUUGAUCAAUUCGCCGGUCGUGAGAGCCGAAAAUCUCAGGUUCAAGGAAGAGGGCGUGCGAGAUGUCAUCAAAGAUGUUUUCCUGCCGUGGUACAACGCGUUUCGUUUUCUUCUUCAGAAUAUCGAGCAGUACGAGAAAAACACAAAGGACGUGUUUGUAUUUAAAGACGAGCUGGAUUUUCAUCCUGACAAUAUAAUGGACAAGUGGAUCAUAUCCUUCACGCAAUCGCUGCUGGUUUUCGUGAAAAGAGAGAUGAAGGAGUACAGAUUGUACACCGUGAUACCUUAUCUAAUAAAGUACAUUGACAAUCUCACGAACUGGUACGUCAGAAUGAAUAGGAAACGUAUCAAAGGCGAGGAUGGUCCACGAGAUUGCAAGAACGCAUUGACAACUUUGUUUCUCGCGAUUUACACGAUGGUGAAGACCUACGCGCCGUUCACGCCGUUUUUGACGGAAUUCAUGUUCCAGCAAUUGGUCAGAUGUGUUCCGUCGGAGUUGGAAGACAAAUCUGAGAUAGAACGUACAUUUAGAAGUGAAUACAAUUGGAAUUAUGACGUUAAAAAAAAGGGAGAAUUUAAAUGGCAGGACAGUGUGCAUUACAGACAGAUUCCUCAUCCACGCGAUGAUCUGAUCGACAAGAGUACAGAGAAGGCUGUGUCGCACAUGCAGUCGGUUAUUCAAUUAGGUCGCAUCGUACGAGACAGAAAGGUCAUUCCCACAAAGUAUCCCUUGCCAGAAAUCGUAGUGAUUCAUCAGGAUGCUGAGGUACUGAAGGACAUAUCGUCGCUGAAGUCGUAUGUCCUCGAGGAGCUCAACGUCAAGAAGUUGACCGUUACCGGAGACAAGGAAAAGUAUGGUGUGACCUUAAGAGCAGAACCGGACCAUAAGACACUUGGCGCACGUUUAAAGGGUGAAUUCAAACAGAUAAUUCAAGCCAUUAAAGAGCUAUCUGACGAACAGUUGCAGAAGUUUGUCGUCACGAAGGAGAUAUUCGUGCAGGGCCACAAGCUCGAAGAACAAGACCUACGUUUAAUGUUCAGUUUUACGGGGCCGGCCGCCGAGCAGCUGUCGCAACAGUACGAGGCUCACGGCGAAGGAAAUUUGUUGAUUCUUCUGGACAUAACUGCUGACGAAGCGAUGCAUAACGAAGGAAUAGCGCGGGAGGUGAUCAAUCGAGUACAAAAGCUGCGGAAGAAGGCACGACUCGUGCCUUCCGACGAAGCCAUUGCGUAUUACGAGAUCAAGGAUAAGAGCAGCAAUUUGGCCAAGGUGAUCGUUAGUCAUAAGGAGUUCAUUGAGAACGCGACCAAGACUCCGCAAAGAGACAUGACGGAGUUACCGUCCAAUGCUGAUUACGAUAUAAUUCUCGAGGAGAUGCAGAAGAUCAAAGGCGUGGACAUGAAGCUUGCGUUAGUUAGGACGAAAGCCAGUCCUUACUUAUCAGGCAGCGCAACGUCGGGAUCACAAUCUUCUGUAAGCUACGUCGACGUGACGCUUAUGGAUAUGCAACCACGAUAUGGUGGAACCUCAAAUGGCAGGAUUCUGUUGUACGAUUCUCAAUUGGGACCCAUUACAUAUAAACGUCUGAAACAGGAAAUUGACUUAGUAUUUGGUAUUUAUGGCUGCUCUUACGAUUUGUAUCUCAACUCUAAGAAACUUAAAACACUGGACGAUAUACCCGUGGAGGUAGAAAUAUUCAAUAAACAAAAGCUAGAAGUAUUAAGGUCAAAAUAGGUUUCGACUGUAUGAAAAGCAACUUUCGCCAACUUGCGAUUUUAUCAAUGUAAUGCUGAAGAAAACCACGGACUAAAUUUCGCAAAAAUUUCCAUUAUUAUUCUUUGUAAUGUUUUGGUAUUUCUUAAUUUCCUAAAAAGUGCUGUUUCACAUUAUUAUACUUGCAAGAUCAAGCGAAAGAUGUAUAGUUAUUUUUUUCUAUCAAUGAAAGUAUUUACUAUCACGUUUAAAAGUAAUAUUUAUGAUUUAAUUUAAUAUUUUUGCGUAACUAAAUAUAUCGGCGUUUGAUUUAAGGAGAAUAUAACAUUUUUUACAAAUGUAUACACAUUGAUUAUUUUGUAAAUUAAAAAAUAAAAACAAAUAUAAUUACAUG